GAAGAAGAAGAAAAAGCGGAAGUAUUUCUCGAUCAGCUGAGUUUGUUUUGAUCCUCCUCUGCUAGCUGUUCAUCUAUUUGUUUGAUAAACAUUUUGUGUGACCACUAAGGGAAAUGAAGAAGCUUUUUGAUGGCAUUAAGAAAGACAUGAAGUUUAAAACGGCGGGACCCGGGAAGAAACUAACUGACGACACAAGUACCAAGCCUGAUGUGGUGCAGAGCGGCUCUGGUGCCAGGCCGAAUCGCCAUGGUCCCAGUGAAGGGUCCCAGAGGGCUGGAGCCGCCGCCCUGGCUAGAAUUGAACAGAUUCCCCGGCCAAAGGUCGGCACCUCGCAGGAUGCCAUCAGGAACCAGGUCAAGAGAGAACUGGAGGCGGCGUCACUGGCUGAAAAAGACAAGGCAGAAUCAGAGGAGAGAUCCAAAGUGCCAGUGAUAGCUCCCGCCUGUCUCUCAGUGUCAGGUGUGUAUUUCACCUGUCCGCUAACCGGAGCCACUUUAGCUAAGAGUGAGAGGGAAGUACACAUUAAAGAGGCCAUUUUAAUGCGGUUUGAGGAGGAUCCCGUGGAGGCCUCUGUUAUGAUGAUCCACACAUUUAACAAAGACAGAGACAAAGUAAAGACUGCUAUCGACAUUAUGAGCAAGUAUAUUGAAAAUAUAUGUAAGAAUCCCACUGAGGAGAAAUACAGGAAGAUUAAACUCAGCAACAAGGUGUACCAGGAGAAAGUUCGUUCUGUGGAGGGCAGUAGAGAAUUCCUGGAGGCCCUGGGCUUCACAAGCAUUAUGCUUCCUGUAGAGGGGAAAGAGGAGGACGAGGAGUUCCUGGUGUUACUGGAGUACAGCACUGACGCCCUGGAGUUGAUGCAGGAGAGGAGGGACCGUCUCCAGAGAGGAGAGCCAGUGAGAGCUCAGCUGGACAGACAGCCGCAAGUGUUCAGAUCGUCUCCCAACGCUCAGCGCUUCGAGCUGCCGCCGGAGUUCUACAACAUGACAUCGGAGGAGCUCAAGAAGGAGCAACUGCAGAGGAGUGAGCUGGUGGAGAAGAGCGCCAUGCUGCGCACUAAAGCCAUGAGGGAGAAGGAGGAGCAGAGGGAGAGAAGGAAAUACAACUACACUCUGCUCCGGAUCCGACUGCCUGAUGGAUCCCUGCUUCAGGGGACCUUCUAUGCGUGGGACCGGUUGCCCGUGCUGUUUGCCUUCAUCCGGGAGUCUUUGGUGGACGGCUGGCAGCCCUUUGAGCUCAUCGCUCCUGGAGGUCAGAAACUACAGGAGUCUGAAGAGGUGGCUCUCGCAGAGUGUAACCUGGUCCCUGCAGCUCUGCUCACGUUUGCCUGGGAUGCGGCCGUUCAGGCGGAUAUUGCAGCUGCGGGUGGGAAGAGCCCCGCUCUACUCAAACCCUCCCUGCUGGAAACCAUCCGGACCCUGAGCUGAGACCCUCCCCCGAUCUCUCCCUGCUGCCUCCCCCCUGUGGCCCUCCUGGGGUGGAAUUGCCCAUUUACAAACGACUAGUGAUACGUUUAUUUUUACAAAUGCUAACUUUAAAGUCGGUAGCAGUGAUAACAUAGGGGAAACUUCCCCUAAAUGCGCUUGUUUUGCUGAGCAUUAUCCCUCCAUGUGGGGAUAGGGUCCCCUCUCAGCUACAUGUUGUACUGAAGGAGGCGGUUACUAACAGAUGAAAGGAUUGGUUUUGUUGCAUCGUGAAUGUACAGGCUGUGUAGGAAACAGAGGAAGGUCUAACAUCACCUACCUGUCAGUCAGGUGUUCUUCGUGUGGCAUGUUGACAGACCUUGUUUUAACUGUGGCGACAUUUUCUCCCCUUGCUUUGAAGUUAAACUGUUGUAUUAACACUGAUUGAUCAAGAGAAAAAAGUAUUUUGUAUCUCAGUACAGAGCUUUUGCCAUUUAAAAGCCGUUUGGUGUCUGUGCACUGGACUUGACUUGAAUGCUAUUAGUUUUGUUUGGCGGUGCUUCAUUUUAAACAGUGUUCUGUCUGUCUGACGGUCCGGUCUGAUGCAAGUCUAGCUUGUCUGUUCGUCCUCUGCAGUGGCCUCACACUCUCGUUGUACAACAUACUUCUACGGUAGUAACUAAAACUCCAAAUGUUAUUUAUUUUUAUUCAUAUGAGCAUAAACCUGGACCCUAAUCGAACAUGUCUUUCUUGAUAAUUUGAUUUAAAAUUGAAGUCCAAAACGGAGACGUCUUUUUACAGACUAGAAUGGCACCUCCGCCAAAUAAUUUGUUUUAUCCGCCUCUUGAUUUGGAUCCACUCCAAAAUGUAAUGUGUUCUUCCUUAGCCCGUGCUUCACCCUUCCACCAAGUUUCUUUUAAAUCGGGCCUGUAGUUUUUCUGUAAUCCUGCUGACAGAACGAACAGACACUGUUACUGUACGGUUAAGAUGACAAUGUGAAGUUGAUUCUAAUACCAAUAUCAUUUCUUGUAUUUUUAGCAGUUUGAAGCACUUUUUAGGAAAAACCUUACACUUUAUAAAACACUAGAGUGCCCUAAAUGUAAAAAAUAAAGCUUGAAGAUAUUGCUUUAUGCAUACUGUAGUAAAAACCGUGGUGAUUGCAGAGGUUUCAUGUAGCUUACUUGCUUGGCUGGCGUAAAUUACAUUUGUUGUCAAAACUGGCCGCAUGGACUUGUGUUGUCUUGAGUCAUGUAUUUGUUUGUAUCAAACACAUUUCCUUGGUAUAAAAAAGGUAUUUCAAACAGGGUGGUAGUACAUCUACCAUCUCACUGAAUGAGAUGAGAAUUACAUUUGUUUUCAAUUCACCCUCAUCACACAUCAUUAGGGUGAUUUAUACAUUUAUUUUGGUAGUGGUUUUGCCGUUGAUGUAUGCACACCAGAUAUGUAAAAGCUAGUUAUAAUUGCUUGUGAUUGGUUAAGAUGACAACGACCUACCUCUCACUGCUUAUCUCUGUCUGAUACAUCCAAAGGGGGUUGUACACUAAAGUGGAAGAAAGGCCUGGAUUGUUUUUGUUUUACAGAAUAAAUAAUUGUCACCUCAUAAAACCUGUAAUAUUAUUAAUUGAGCAACUAAAACCUGUUUCAGCUGCUUUGUUAUGUGUACAAUUUGACUACACAACCCAGCGUUUGAGGACUAAGAUGGACAUCAGCAACAUGUCUGCUGUCUUUUAUUUAAUGGAGGCGUCUAAAUGUUUUGUGCAUUGUAACCUUAAUUGAUCCCGAGUGAGUAGUAGUGAUGUGUGCAGACCGUCUGAGUUGUAAUCUGUUGCUUUUCAACCUGCCUGUUAAAGAGAUCGCUUGCAUUGCAUCAUAACUUGUUUAAUAAACAGUUCUGAGGCGA